UGCUCCAUGUGUAUGGUAUAGUUUGGGUAAUUAAUAAUGCAACAUGCGAUUACGUACUUACUGCAUUUCUUUCGUUGUAUUAGCAUGAAAUGAUUAAGUAACUAGAGAAAACGGGCAUUGUUUUAAGCAUAGAAAAUACGAACACAUUUAAACAGAAAAAUUUAUCAUUAAACAAAUGUUAAAUUUACACUAAAAAUUUUACACGAAACCUGCCAGCUUUUGUUUAAAUGUAGUCUAUGAUUUGUAGUGAACAUGGGUGCCUAAAAGAAUUAAUAAUUUUGCAUUAUAUUACGUGAAAUAAUUCGUGAAAAUGCAGAAACUUCCUUUGAAACGAAAAAUCAAACAGUUUGUAGCUACUGUUUGCAUUGGGGGAAUAUCCCUAGGAAUAUCAUUAGCUUGGACCUCUCCGGUGCUUCCCCAACUGGAACAACCUAACAGUUCCCCAAUCAAGAUAACAAUUGAGGAAUCGUCCUGGAUUGGCGCAACGUUGGCGUUUGGUGCCUUAGUGACCGCGAUUCCCGCGGGUUAUUUAGCCGAUUGUUUCGGUCGAAAAACGUGCGUACUCCUCCUGGUAAUCCCGGUCAUCAUUUUCACCAUUUUAGUAACUUUAGCUACCAAUGUUUAUUACAUAUAUGUGGCGAGAAUAUUUUCCGGGAUGGCCACAGGAGGAGUAUCAGUGGUUGCCCCCAUGUAUAUAGGGGAGAUUUCCGAUAUUCAACUCCGGGGUGUUCUGGGAACAUUUUUCGAAAUGCUUAUCUAUGUUGGAAUACUGAUAACUGCGGUUCUAGGAGCUUACAUACCCUACAAAUCGCUAACGAUAUCACUAGGGUGCAUAUCUUUAGCGUUAGGUGUAGGAUUCCUGUUCUUCCCCGAAAGCCCCACCUAUUUGUUACUGAAGAAAAACAGAGGAAAAGCGGAAAAGUCGUUAAAGUUUUAUAGAGGAAAUGACGCGGAUGUUUCAAGAGAACUGGACUCCAUCCAAGAGGAAAUUGAACAAAUGCAAGCAAAAGAAAAGACAAAACUUUGUGAUGUGAUAACUUCAAAAUCGUCAUUGAGAGCGUUGAUAGCAUGCGUGGGACUUACAGUUUUCCAACAGUUGUGUGCAGUCGAUGCACUAACAUUUUAUUGUGUAGCCGUUUUUCAAGCUACUGCUGUUUCAUUGGACGCUUAUACGUGUGCGAUCAUUGUUACCGUUACUCAAUCGUUUUCGUCAUUAUUUGUCGUUUUUGUGAUUGAAAAAUUAAACAGAAAAACUUUUCUGUACAUAUCAGCAGGCGGUACCGGAGUGACCUUGGCUGCCAUGGGUCUUUACUUCAAUCUGAAAGAUUUUGGUUACGUUUUGAAUUGGUUACCAUUGGGCUCAAUGAUUCUGUUUUACGUAUUUUUUGCGUUGGGCAUGGGACCGAUCCCAUGGUUGGUGAAUAGCGAGUUGUUUUCGUCGGAAAUUAAAGGCGUUGCAAACGGGAUAACUAUCGCUUCUAAUUGGCUAAUGCUAUUUGUCGUUACGAAACUAUUUCCGCUUCUGAUGGAAUUUAAUCCGUUCUGUACUUUUUAUGUUUUUGCAAUUUUCAUGAUCCUCUGUUUAGUGUUUAUUAAAUUUUGCGUGCCCGAAACAAAAGGAAAAAGCUUACAACAGAUUCAAGAAGAAUUAAGAACUGAAAGCUAACAACGCAAUUAGAAAAUAUAAUUAAUACAUAUAUAUUAUAGAUGAAUUUGUAUUAUU